GGUUGAGCAUACUUACAUUUCCUGGAUGUUUCUUCCUUCACCGCCAUUGCAGCUCCGGGGUGUCGGUGCGGUGGUAGAUAGUCUGUGUUUAGCCGGGGAAAAACCUUCAGACAUACAGUUUGGGGAGGAAUAAAGUCACCAGCACGUUGUUCCACUUUAACAGAAUCAGUUCAUUGGGGCUUUCCUGACUGUCUGUCUCGAAGCUAAAGAGGAGAAGCCGUAGUACUUUAUUAGCUUUAGACCGCAGGAGUGUGAGAGGAACCGCCAUGGCUCAGAUCCUGCCGAUUCGCUUUCAGGAGCACCUGCAGCUCCAAAACCUGGGGAUCAAUCCAGCUAACAUAGGUUUCAGCACCUUAACCAUGGAAUCUGAUAAAUUCAUCUGUAUCCGGGAGAAGGUGGGCGAGCAGACUCAAGUGGUGAUCAUUGAUAUGGCUGACCCCAAUACACCCAUUCGCAGGCCCAUCUCUGCUGACAGCGCCAUCAUGAAUCCAGCCAGCAAGGUCAUUGCACUUAAAGACGCUGCAAAAACUCUUCAAAUUUUUAAUAUUGAGAUGAAGAGUAAAAUGAAGGCGCACACCAUGACAGAUGAUGUUACUUUUUGGAAGUGGAUUUCCCUUAACACAGUUGCACUUGUAACUGACAAUGCUGUGUACCACUGGAGCAUGGAAGGUGACUCACAGCCUGUGAAGGUGUUUGAUCGCCACUCCAGCCUGGCAGGCUGCCAGAUUAUCAACUAUCGCACAGACGCCAAGCAGAAAUGGCUGCUGCUCAUCGGCAUUUCAGCCCAGCAAAAUCGUGUUGUGGGAGCAAUGCAGCUGUAUUCAGUUGACAGAAAGGUUUCUCAGCCCAUUGAGGGCCAUGCUGCUAGCUUUGCCCAGUUUAAGAUGGAGGGAAAUGCAGAAGAGUCUACCCUUUUCUGCUUUGCUCUCAGAAGCCAGACUGGCGGGAAGUUGCAUAUCAUUGAAGUUGGGACUCCACCAACUGGCAACCAGCCAUUUCCAAAGAAAGCUGUGGAUGUCUUCUUCCCUCCAGAAGCCCAAAAUGACUUCCCUGUGGCUAUGCAGAUAAGUUCCAAACAUGAUGUGGUUUUUCUCAUUACCAAAUAUGGCUACAUCCACCUAUACGACCUGGAGACUGGCACCUGCAUCUAUAUGAAUCGGAUCAGUGGAGAGACCAUAUUUGUCACAGCACCUCAUGAGGCCACCUCAGGUAUCAUCGGGGUCAACAGGAAGGGGCAGGUGCUGUCUGUCUGUGUGGAAGAGGAAAACAUCAUCCCAUAUAUUACAAAUGUGCUACAGAAUCCUGACCUGGCUCUUCGCUUAGCCGUCCGCAACAAUCUCGCUGGUGCUGAAGAACUCUUUGCACGCAAAUUUAACAACUUGUUUGCAGCAGGCAACUACUCUGAGGCUGCCAAGGUUGCUGCCAAUGCACCGAAGGGUAUUCUCCGUACCCCAGACACCAUCCGUCGCUUCCAGGGUGUUCCAAACCAGCCUGGCCAGACCUCCCCCUUACUUCAGUACUUUGGUAUUCUUUUGGACCAGGGGCAGCUCAACAAGUUUGAGUCCCUGGAGCUGUGCAGGCCUGUCCUUCAGCAAGGACGAAAACAACUUCUGGAGAAGUGGCUAAAGGAGGACAAAUUGGAGUGUUCAGAGGAAUUGGGUGAUCUGGUGAAGGCCGUGGAUCCCACUUUGGCACUCAGUGUGUACCUGAGGGCAAAUGUUCCCAACAAGGUCAUUCAGUGCUUUGCAGAAACUGGCCAGUUCCCCAAGAUUGUCCUUUACGCGAAGAAGGUGGGCUACACUCCUGACUGGAUUUUUCUUUUGAGGAAUGUAAUGCGGAUCAACCCUGAGCAGGGACUGCAGUUUGCCCAGAUGCUUGUUCAGGAUGAAGAGCCACUGGCUGACAUCACUCAGAUUGUGGAUGUGUUCAUGGAGUACAACCUGAUCCAGCAGUGUACCUCUUUCCUUCUCGAUGCACUGAAGAACAACAGACCCUCAGAGGGGCCACUGCAGACCCGUCUGCUGGAGAUGAACCUAAUGCAUGCUCCACAGGUUGCUGACGCCAUCCUGGGAAACCAAAUGUUCACAAACUAUGACCGUGCCCAUAUCGCCCAGCUGUGUGAAAAAGCUGGACUCUUGCAAAGGGCAUUGGAGCAUUACACUGACCUGUAUGACAUAAAGCGUGCGGUCGUGCACACACACCUACUAAACCCAGAGUGGCUCGUGAACUACUUUGGUUCGUUAUCAGUGGAGGAUUCUCUGGAGUGCCUCAGGGCCAUGUUGUCUGCAAACAUCCGCCAGAACCUGCAGAUUUGUGUCCAAGUUGCCUCCAAGUACCAUGAGCAGCUCACAACACAAGCCCUCACAGAGCUGUUUGAGUCCUUCAAAAGCUUUGAAGGUCUCUUCUACUUCCUGGGCUCUAUUGUGAAUUUCAGUCAGGACCCAGAAGUUCAUUUCAAAUACAUUCAGGCUGCUUGCAAGACAGGUCAGAUCAAAGAGGUGGAACGAAUCUGCAGAGAGAGCAACUGCUACGACCCCGAGCGCGUUAAGAACUUUCUCAAGGAAGCCAAACUCACUGACCAGCUGCCGCUGAUCAUCGUCUGUGACCGUUUUGAUUUUGUCCACGACCUGGUCCUUUACUUGUAUCGCAAUAACCUGCAGAAGUACAUUGAGAUCUAUGUGCAGAAGGUGAAUCCAAGUCGUCUGCCCGUUGUGGUUGGAGGUCUCUUAGAUGUGGACUGUUCGGAAGAUGUCAUCAAAAGCCUGAUCCUGGUCGUCAGGGGACAGUUUUCCACUGAUGAACUGGUUGCUGAGGUGGAAAAAAGGAACAGACUGAAAUUGCUGCUUCCUUGGCUGGAAUCGCGAAUCCAUGAAGGCUGUGAGGAGCCUGCCACCCAUAAUGCUCUGGCCAAGAUAUACAUCGACAGUAACAACAACCCUGAGCGCUUCCUGCGUGAAAAUCCAUACUAUGACAGCCGUGUGGUGGGAAAAUAUUGCGAAAAGAGAGAUCCACACUUGGCCUGUGUGGCAUAUGAGAGAGGACAGUGUGACCAGGAGUUGAUUAAUGUCUGCAACGAGAACUCGCUGUUCAAGAGCCUGUCACGCUACCUGGUUCGCCGUAAGGAUGCUGAUCUCUGGGGCAGUGUGCUUCUGGAGACCAACCCUUACAGACGACCACUUAUUGACCAGGUGGUGCAGACGGCACUUUCAGAAACCCAGGACCCAGAAGAGGUAUCUGUAACUGUAAAGGCCUUCAUGACAGCAGACUUGCCCAAUGAACUGAUUGAGUUGCUGGAAAAAAUUGUGUUGGACAAUUCAGUCUUCAGUGAGCACAGAAAUCUGCAAAAUCUACUUAUUCUGACUGCAAUCAAAGCAGAUCGUACGCGUGUCAUGGAGUAUAUCAGCAGACUAGACAACUAUGAUGCACCUGAUAUUGCAAACAUUGCCAUCAGUAAUGAGCUGUAUGAGGAGGCCUUUGCCAUCUUUAAGAAGUUUGAUGUCAACACUUCAGCUGUACAGGUACUCAUAGAGCACAUUGGCAACCUUGACCGAGCCUAUGAGUUUGCAGAACGCUGCAAUGAGCCAGCGGUGUGGAGCCAACUGGCCAAGGCUCAGUUACAGAAAGGCCUGGUUAAGGAAGCCAUCGAUUCCUACAUCAAGGCCGAUGAUCCAUCUGCUUACAUGGAGGUGGUGCAGGCUGCUGAUAAGAGUGGUAACUGGGAGGACUUGGUCAAAUUCCUUCAGAUGGCACGUAAGAAAGCCCGAGAGUCUUAUGUGGAGACGGAGCUGAUUUUUGCCUUGGCCAAAACAAAUCGACUGGCUGAACUGGAAGAAUUUAUCAAUGGCCCCAACAAUGCUCAUAUACAGCAGGUCGGUGAUCGCUGCUAUGAUGAAAAAAUGUAUGAAGCUGCCAAGUUGCUUUACAACAAUGUCUCCAACUUUGGUCGAUUGGCUUCAACUCUUGUACACCUGGGUGAGUACCAGGCUGCUGUGGAUGGAGCCCGUAAGGCCAACAGCACCCGCACCUGGAAAGAAGUUUGCUUCGCCUGUGUGGAUGGACAGGAAUUCAGACUGGCUCAGAUGUGUGGCCUCCACAUUGUGGUGCAUGCUGAUGAGCUGGAAGAACUUAUCAACUACUACCAAGAUCGUGGUUACUUUGAGGAGUUGAUCACCAUGUUGGAGGCUGCCCUUGGUUUAGAGCGAGCUCACAUGGGGAUGUUCACGGAACUGGCAAUCCUUUAUUCCAAGUUCAAGCCACAAAAGAUGAGGGAGCAUCUGGAGCUCUUCUGGUCCAGAGUCAACAUUCCAAAGGUCCUGAGAGCAGCAGAGCAGGCUCACCUGUGGGGGGAGCUUGUUUUCCUCUAUGACAAGUAUGAGGAGUAUGACAACGCAAUCAUCACCAUGAUGAAUCACCCAACAGAUGCCUGGAAGGAGGGGCAGUUCAAAGAUAUAAUUACCAAGGUGGCUAAUGUGGAGUUGUACUAUAAAGCCAUCCACUUCUAUUUGGAGUUCAAGCCCUUGUUACUGAAUGACUUGCUCAUAGUACUUUCACCAAGGCUGGACCAUUCCCGUGCUGUAAACUUCUUCAGCAAGGUGAAACAGCUGCCGCUCGUCAAGCCCUACCUACGGUCUGUACAGAACCACAACAACAAAUCGGUCAAUGAAGCACUUAAUAAUCUCUUCAUUACAGAGGAAGACUAUCAGGCACUGAGGACAUCGAUAGAUGCCUACGACAACUUUGAUAACAUCUCACUGGCCCAGCGCUUGGAGAAACAUGAGCUGAUUGAGUUCAGAAGAAUCGCUGCGUACCUCUUCAAAGGCAACAACCGCUGGAAACAGAGUGUGGAGCUCUGCAAGAAGGACAAGCUCUACAAGGAUGCCAUGCAGUAUGCGUCAGAGUCCAAAGACACAGAGCUGGCAGAGGAGCUGCUGUCUUGGUUUUUACUGGAGAACAAGAGGGAGUGUUUUGCUGCCUGCCUUUUCACAUGUUAUGACCUGCUGCGGCCUGAUGUGGUGCUGGAGACUGCGUGGAGGCACAACAUCAUGGACUUUUCUAUGCCAUACUUCAUCCAGGUCAUGAGGGAGUACCUCAGCAAGGUAGAUAAAUUGGAAACCUCAGAGUCUCUAAGAAAAGAAGAGGAGCAGGCAACAGAAACACAACCCAUUGUCUACGGCGCUCCACAGCUGAUGCUGACAGCGGGUCCCAGCGUACCUGUUCCUCCUCAGCAGCCGUAUGGAUACGGCUACCAGUCGCCUGCUGGGUACGGCCAGCCAGCACCUCAGCCAGGGUUUGGCUACGGCAUGUAAAGUCCCCGCCCCUUUUUGUCCAUCAGCAAGCUGGCGCUUCCAUCCACCCAUCUCACGCAGUCCUUCACCAGACAUCUCUGUACGCAACACGAACAGAGGGAUAACAGCAGCUUUUUAAAAAAAUUUUUUUUUUCUGUUUUCAUGAAGGACUCUUUCUGUUAAAGAAGAUUGUGUCACAGAAUAAUUCAUACAUUCCUUAUUGACUAAACUGUAUUGUAUUUGGAUGGGGGUGUUUGUACAACGGGGUGGGGUGGCUGUGGGAAGAUAAAAGCUUCUGAGUCUAAAAAAAAACAAGUCUGUUGUGAAGCAUCUGAUUUGCACUCUGUAGUGAGAAUUAAUGUAGACCCUCUUCCUUCUCAUUUGCUUCUUUUGUCAAACUAUAAAAUGCAUUUAAUUAUUGUAUAUUCAGACAUAUAAACUUUAUGUUCUUGUAUGUUUGAUCAUAAGUCUGACACGUCCAUGAGCACAGUCCACAAACACUACCGCCAACGUCUCCCUGACACUUCAGGGCUGUUUCUCAGAGAAAACUAGUAUUGUUCAGAAAGAUUAAAACUAUUCCACUGACACCUAUGCAGGACUGUCGAAUCAAAUUAGCUUUCAGGUGACAUUUCUUCUGUUUUUCUGUGGGACCAUUUCACCUCAGGAGGAACCACAGAUUGGCUUGACUAUUGCACCCCCUCUUGGCACAGCGGUUGCAGCUGGACAUUAUCUUGGGUCAUUCUUGAGCAUACGGGAACCUUGUUAUUAAAAUGUAUUCAGGGGUUGUCUUUACCGAAAAGUGUCGCAGGUUUGAAGCUCUUAUCACAGGUUUGCUUGUACAAGAAAUCACGUGUUGGCUCAUUUGAAGUUAUAUAAUCUAAACUACCUAAUUGUGCACUUACUUGAUUGUGCAUAAUGAGGAUCAUAAAGAAUGAAAAGUUUUGUUUUCCACUUAAAUAAAGGCCUCUUGUUUGUCAAGCAGAGUCUGA